GUGGACUGGAAUACUAAUUGAGUGAUGACAAUAUUCUAAUAAUCUAAUUACAUUUGUUCUAAUGAAAAAUAAAAGUUAAUUAGCGAUUAAAUUACCAUGGCAUCCGCCCGCCAUUGCCGUGCCCUCGUCGCUAUCGUCUACUCUCUAGUCUAAGUCCACCACCCUUCUUUAUUGUAAACAAUUGUAUUAAUCAAAGAUCAAAUUUCUAGAAUCUCGGAUUGGAUUCGUAUUUCAGACCCGAACGAAGGUGGUUUAGUGUUAGGUGCGGCGGAAAGAGCUUUUUUUUUUUUUUUCCCAGUUGUCUUUCUCUCACUUCCAGUUCCGGUGGUACAAUAAUUAAGAGAGAGAGAGAGAGAAAGAGAGAGAGAGAGAGAGAGAGAGAGAGAGAGAGAGAAGGGAUGGGAUCUGUAGCAAAGAAGGGUUUGCAGCAGUAUCUGGGUCAGCUCCAACAACACCCUCUGCGGACCAAGGUUAUAACGGCGGGGGUGUUGUCGGCGAUUAGUGAUAUAGUGGCACAGAAGCUCACCGGCAUUCCCAAACUUCAGAUCAAGCGCCUCCUCCUCAAAGUGCUAUUCGGCGCUGCCUAUUUGGGUCCGUUCGGGCAUUUUUUUCACAUAGCACUCGAUAAAUUUUUCAAGGGGAAGAAAGACAAGAAAACGGUUGCCAAGAAGGUGGUAUUGGAGCAACUGACAUCGUCACCUUGGAACAACAUGCUUUUCAUGAUUUACUACGGUUUAGUCAUCGAGGGAAGACCGUGGAUCCACGUGAAAUCUAAAAUCAAGAAGGAAUAUCCGACUGUCCAGUAUACAGCAUGGAGUUUCUGGCCGGUGGUUGGAUGGAUUAAUCACCAGUACGUGCCUCUACAGUUUCGAGUAAUAGUUCAUAGUUGCAUUGCCUGUUUCUGGGCAAUAUUUCUGAAUCUAAGAGCCAAGUCUGUGGCGCUGCCUAAAGGUUAAGAUCGUACGGAAGGAGGAAUUCUCAACAAACUUUUGGAUGUGUGGCUGCUUUUAUAAUCUUGUUUUUAUAGCCUGUUGCUCCGUUUUUUCCUGCCGAAAAUAUAGAAUUGAUCGACUCGUUAUUGCUUUUGUUUUAGUAGUAAUAAUAAUGGUUUAAACUUGUCGUACUCCGAAUUUGCUGUGUUGUGAUUGAUUGAAUAAUGAAAAAUGGAAAACUUUAACAUUUUCGAUUUUCAA